ACUACUAGGAACAGCAGUCCGUUCGUCGUUACUCACUAUGAUGAUGAUGAUGAUGAUGACUCGCAUGGGACUGAGCAAAGUGUGGAUGAGCCUUUGGCAGCUAGUGGUGGUGAGACGAUCACGCCCGAGCAACAGCGAGCAGAGCAAGGGCCACAAGAGCAAGGAUCUCACCAUCCUGUACAGCAACACCAACAGCUUGGACAGCAACAGUCAGGACAGCAAGAGCCAGAGUCCCAGGGGCAUGAGCUGCAACAGCUAGGACCACAACAGCAAUCAUCAGAGCUUCCACCACGUGAACCCAUGCCGCGUGAGAGAGUUGUACCGCAGCAAGACUUAGGAGAACCUGGUGAGCCCCUACAAGCCAUUAAUUUAUGUGACUAAGCUCACAUCACGGCCUCCAUUUUAGCAACUAUGGCGGGUAGGGGGCAGCCUGGAAGGAAUCGUGCUAUGUUUUCCUUUGGACCAAAUGGGAUACAGCGUGAGUGCGACUAUGUGCGAUGGUAAUGAAAGACAGUAAAGCUGAUGAAAACAACUCGUGGAUAUACGUCUCGUAGGCCAACCGGCUCCAACCCUGCGUCGCCUGCGAAUCAGCAAGAGCAAUCCACACAAGGAAACCUCCAUAUGCCCGGUACAUUCCCGGCUGGAUCAGAGGAUGGGGGAAGGGAACAUUGAAGUAGCAUUGUUAUCAUGGUUACCGAGUAUGGAGUUUGCCCCAAUUGGACUCGAAUUACGUGCCGUUGCUUGUAUCACUCUGAGUCGUGAGGUAAGUCACUUGUACCAAAUUGACCUUUAUGUGCGUUAACUCAUUGCAGGGUUUUGUAUUAGCCAAGGAUGUCUUGAGCCGGUUCAAUGUCUUUCUUUGCCUUGGUUAUUGUUUGCCUGCAUUAUUUACAAAGACAGUAGAGUUACUGGGGUCUGUAUUACUAUAGCUGCAAUAUGCUCUUUUGUUAUGCUGAAAUCAACACUGAAGAAUGCAAUGCGCCUUAUU